AUGUCUCAGAACAGCACAUCUAUAUCAUCCGCCUUGAAAUAUUUUCAGCACAUCAUUCGAUCGCAAUCUCCAUACAUCGUUCCUGCUGAAGCAGCCAACAACAACAAUGUAAAGUUCUGCGAUGGCGCCGCUCAAGAAGUCAAGCAAAGCGCAUUUACCGCCUGGUACAGCGUUCAAGCGAGUCCCUCGACCCAGCCAUAUGGGACGACAAAAGAUGUUGCCAGGUUUCUAGACUGUGUCGAUCUCUGUGAUGCGGAUAGAAAACCCCAAAACGAAGCCGACCCGGACAAUGUGGAGAACGCAAGCAACGGCUGCCGAUCCGUAACUUACAACCCAGAGAAGAAGGAAUGUAAACAAUACACCACCCUCCCUCAGAACGUCAUGACCCCGUUCUACCCCGCAGCGGGAUCACAAGAAAACGUCGCCAUCAUCGAUCCGUGUGGCAGUGAUCGGAUGAAGCAAGUCCGUUACUUCCCGGUCCCCGGUAUGGACUAUGUAAUCUAUACCUUCAUGCGUGUACAACGUCUUGUAAUCCUCCGGAAAGUAUAUCAUGCUUCUCGCAAGCGAUAUUGUUCAGCGAUCCCAGCCUCCCGAAAAGAGCUUGACCAACUCCUUGCGAUCGGGGCUCGUUUUGAAACGGACUUCGAUCUGUACGCCAUAACCGGUCGUGUGGUUCGACAGUGA